AACAUUUAUGGCAGUGACCUUCACCCCUUAACAUAUCCGGUUGUAAGAAAGACGUGUGAGUUUUAAAAACAUUUACAUUUGUUUUAAUUCAUAAUGAAAGGGGUAGAAAAGAAGGGAUGUGAAGCGAUCUUACGUAAACUUGACCAAGAAGAAGUUAUGUCAUUGAAAGACACUGUCACAAAGCGGCAGAUUGCAGCUGAAAAUAAAACAGAUGCCAUUCGUGCUAUAAUAACAUACAGUGAAACAUCGGGUGAGCUGCUGAGGAGGAAGAAGAUUCGCAGGGAGCUGUUGUUCCAGUACCUCGAUGACAACAAUGUUCCCGUCUCAGUGAAUGCUGAAAAACACCAGUUAAUCCUGAAAAUACUGGAGUACUGGGGUGUCAGUGUCAGCAAUGGUACCCAAAACAAACAGGCUAACAGUGCAGGUGGAGACUUCAGUCACAGCACGACAGAAUGUCAGACAGAUGUUCCCAGCAGGACGUCCAGUGGAACCCAGUCACCGCCUCCUGACGCUGCAGCCAAACACUCCAUGGCAACCCAGGCUGGAGAAACACCUCCAGAUACACAGAUGCAGCUGCGGCAACAGCAUCAGCCUGUUCCAGUACCUGUUCCUUUAGUCCUCGACCUUCAGGAAGAUGAAGCAUCCUCUGUGGUAGUCCCACCACCUGCUGCAGCAAUGAGACUCCAGCCUCAACCCGAACAUCAAAAGCUUGGAGAAACGUUUGUGUCGUGGUUCUACAAGAUACUGAACUCGCACAAUCCAUCAUUGAAUCAGGUUCCCGAGGAUUUUGGUCCACAUCACUUCUGGAAUGAUGUGAAGUUGUAUCUGCUGACUCGAACUCCUCAUGAGAGCAGUGAGGAAUAUGAAGGAGGUGUAUUGGUGUCACAGAGGUUCCUGGCUUUAGUGAAGGAAGAGCAGCUCCUGUUCAAUCCUAACGUCACUGGAGAUGGGGUGCAGGUCAAGUCUGAUCCUCAUGGACUGGUCAUAAUCAUGGUGUGUGGAACAAUUCACAGGAGUAAUGAUUGCCUAGGGGUCUUUCAACAAAUGUUUGGGUUAAUAGGUGAUCCAAGGUAUGACAACAACUGGAAGGUGAAGGUCACUAAGCUGAGGAUUCAGAGCAGUCAAGUGACGUCUAUCCCGAGGCUUCAGGACAGUGAUAAUAACGAUUUGUUGGCCGUCAUACCUUCUUCCACCAGAUGAUGGAUUCUGGUCAUAUGUGUGCCAAAUAAAGUAAUGUUGAUAUGGUGAUGGAUGCAAACUUGGUCGCUUGAGCUUUAUGUUUAUUAAAUACAUGUCUCUGUGCUAGUGAACUAUUUGUAUGUAUGCAUAUACUGAUGAUGCUUAUGGAAUGGUAUAUUGUCAGUUUCUGGUUUGCAAGGAUUGCUUUCAUGGCAGGUUACCACGGUAACAGUGAUAUCCAAGUUAACAAAAGCACCUGUUAGCUUUUCAAUAUGAAUAUUGAGACAGACAGAUCGAAUGUUGGCAUGGGUAGCCCAUCUCUUUCCUCACACAAAGAUGAGCACACAAGAUAUACACUCACUCACUUGCACAUAAAUGAGCCAUAUUGUCAUGAUUACAGCACACAAGAUAUACACUCACUCACUCACUCAAAUGAGCCAAUAUUAUCAUGAUUACAGCACACAAGAUAUACACUCACUCACUCAAAUGAGCCAUAUUAUGAUAAUAGCACACAAGAAAUACAAAAGCUCACGUAGAUGGUAAGCAUGUACUAGUAUCAGAUAUGGAAAUCAUGUAACAGAGAUGGUAAGCCUGUAUCAGAGUGAGGCUAGGCAUGUGUCAGAGAUGUGGAAAGCCUGUAUCAGAGAUAUGGUAAGCAUUCAUCAAAGAUAUGGUAAGCAUGUAUCAGAGAGAUGGAAAGCAUGUAUUGGAGAGAGGGAAAGCAUGUAUCAGAGAUAGGGAAAGCAUGUAUCAGAGAUAGGGAAAGCAUGUAUCAGAGAGAGGGAAAGCAUGUAUCAGAGAUGUGGAAAGCAUGUAUCAGAGAGAGGGAAAGCAUGUAUCAGAGAUGUGGAAAGCAUGUAUCAGAGAUAUGGUAAUAAUGUAUCAGAGAGAGGGAAAGCAUGUAUCAGAGAGAUGAAAAGCAUGUUUCAGAGAGAUGGAAAGCAUGUAUCGGAGAUAUGGUAAGCCUGUAUCAGAGAUGUGGUAAGAAUGUAUAAGAGAGAGGGAAAGCAUGUUUCAGAGAGAUGGAAAGCAUGCAUCAGAGAUAUGGUAAGCCUGUAUCAGACAUAUGGCAAGCCUGUAUCAGACAUAUGGUAAGCAUGUAUGAGAGAUAUGGUAGGCAUGUAUCAGAGAGAUGGUAAGCAUGUAUCAGAGAGAUGGGAAGCAUUUAACAGAGAUGGAAAGCCUGUUACAGAUAUGGUAAGCAUGUAUCAGAGAUUGAAAGCAUGUAACAGAGAUGGAAAGCAUGUAACAGAGAGAUGGUAAGCAUGUAUCAGAGAUGUGGAAAGCAUGUUUCAGAGAGAGGGAAAGCAUGUUUCAGAGAUAUGGUAAGCCUGUAUCAGACAUAUGGUAAGCAUGUAUGAGAGAUAUGGUAAGCAUGUAUCAGAGAGAUGGUAAGCGUGUAUCAGAGAGAUGGUAAGCAUGUAUCAGAGAUGGAAAGCAUGUAAUAGAGAUGGAAAACAUGUAACAGAGAGAUGGAAAGCAUGUAACAGAGAUAUGUUAAGCAUGUAUCAGAGAUGUGGAAAGCAUGUAUCAGAGAGAAUGAAAGCAUGUAUCAGAGAUGUGGAAAGCAUGUAUCAGAGAAAUGGAAAGCAUGUAACAGAGAUGGAAAGCAUGUAUCAGAGAGAGGGAAAGCAUGUAUCAGAGAUGUAGUAAGCAUGUAUCGGAGAGAUUAUAAACCUAUUCAGAUUGAUUUGAUAUUUUGGUAUCAUGUCUGGUUUGCCUCCUAUUUACAAAUGAUAAUCAUGCUACUAAUUGUUAGAUAUCAAUGUAUGUACCUUCAAUUUGUUUAAGGUAUUGUUGGAAGGUAAAUAUAUGUUAUCAUUGUU